AUUGUAUAACUCCACUUGUCAUCUUUUUGCAUCAUCCACCUUCUUUCUUUGCCUUCACAGAGUGAAACCACUACCCCCCAAAACAGGAAAAAGAAAAAAAGUAAAAAACAAAAUCAAAAGAAAUUCUAAGAAGAACCCAGAAAAGGGCUAAUUUUCGUUCUGUUUUAUGUAAGAGAGAGAAAACUUCUUCCAUAGUCUACACACAGACACCUUUUUGUAUGUAUGUUUGAACUUUUUUUUAGGGUUUUUGGAAAAUUAUCAGGUGAUUUUUGGUGUACAAUCAUUUAGUUUAUGGGUUUUAUUCAAUUUAAUUGAAUUUGAUGGUGGUAUUGGGAAUUUUAUUCUGUUUUGUUUGCUUUUGAUUUUUCUGGGUAAAUUUGAGGGUAAGAGAUAAAGAGUAGAGGAGAGAGAAAGAUUGAUUUUUUUUUUUUUGGAAAUGUACGUGGCUUCCAUGCGAAAGUCGUUCAAGGAUUCUCUCAAAGUGUUAGAAGCAGAUAUUCAGCAUGCUAAUACUCUUGCAUCUGAAUUUCCUAGAGAAUAUGAUGGAGCAUGCCUUCAAAUGAGGAUGUCAUAUGCUCCUGCCGCUCAUUUCUUGUUGUUCUUGGUCCAGUGGACCGAUUGCAACUUGGCAGGGGCGUUGGGCCUGCUGAGGAUACUCAUUUAUAAGGUUUAUGUGGAUGGCACAACUACCAUGUCAACGCAUGAAAGGAAAGCAAGUAUCAGAGAGUUUUAUGCCGUAAUAUAUCCCUCCUUAUUACAACUUGAAAGUGGUGUUACUGAUAAUGAGGAUAAAAAGCAAAAAGCUGUUUGCAUGGAGAGAUACCGUAAAAGAGAUGAGGAGGAAUACAGACAAUAUACAGAUAUGGAUAUUGAAAGGGAGGAGGAAUGUGGUAUUUGCAUGGAGAAUUAUAGCAAAAUUGUGUUGCCUAACUGCAAUCACGUCAUGUGCCUGAAGUGCUACCGAGAAUGGCGCUCAAGGUCUCAGUCCUGCCCCUUCUGCCGCGAUAGUCUCAAGCGGGUGAACUCUGGAGAUCUCUGGGUGUUCACCGAUACCAGAGACGUGGUCGACAUGGCAACAUUGACAAAGGAGAAUCUUAGGAGGCUGUUCAUGUAUAUAGAGAAGCUGCCCCUGAUUGUUCCGGAAUCACUAUUUGAUGCAUACGAUUCGCAUCUCAAAUGACAUCUAAAAUUACUCAGAGGGGAUCCACCCUUUAUACUUCCUCCAAACCCAGUGUUUAAUCUACAGUCUCCCUGCCCUAAUGCAUAGUUUGUUCCUCACCAUUGCAGCAGUUGUUUGAACAUUGGUUGGUCUAUUUAGAUUUAGUUAGAAGUGCAAAUGCUUUUCAAAUGUUUUGGCUGCUUAAUUAUGUGGAAGUAAUGUCUGCCUGAUUAAUUACUGGUAGGCUAGAGAGGAAGGGUGUGGUAGUUUCUUUUUUAUAUGGGUUUCCGUAAAUUUGUAUGUAGGGAAAAUGUGUACAUGUUUGUACAGUUCUGUUAUUUAGGAAAGGUGUAGAAUGAAGGGAACUCGCUUCUUUUGUUGAUA